AUGAUGCAGUCAUCUUUUGGACUUUUCCUAAAUGAGACUAAUUCGAGGCUUAUGAUGUUACUAUAUAUUUGUUUUAUAAUAAUUUUCUUGCCUCAAUUGAGUUUUGCCGAUGUUGCUAAGUCUUUUUCAAUUGAAACUGAAAGUAACGAUCAAAAAAUAAUUCAAGGAAUUAGUUAUCAUGAUGGAACUAUCUUAUUAAGAUUAAUUAAUAGAGAAAGAGAUCCCACAGAUUGUAAGACGCAAAAUUUAACGUUUACGAUUAUUGAGAAAACUUGGAUUCUGGAUUAUACUGGAGAACCAUUUCUGGAUUUUGUUAAUUCUAAUAGGAAUUCUACAGAUGAUUCUAUUAUAGAUAAAAUAAAUUUUUGUUCAAAUUCAAUUGAAAAUUUUCUUCCAACAUCAGGAUCACCAUCUCCUUAUGGGUUCGGAUGUAAAUUUCCUCCUUAUGGGUUCGGAUGUAAAGUUACAUGUGACAAUUCAGAAAACCAACCUCCAGCAUGUAAUAACCUUCCAAAAUGCAGCGAAACCCAGCAGGUUCUCGGAUGUGAUGGUGAGACAUUGAAUUGUGUGAAGUAUCCGACAUCUCCCAAAUGUGUAGAAAUUGCAGUUACAAAGGCAAAUCUUACUGGUGAGCCAUUAGACUGUGCAAAAUAUCCAGGAGCUAACGUAUGUAACAUAGAUUGUUCUAAUAUACCGUAUUUACCUGGAUGUGAUGAUUGCAAUAAUAAUAAGGAUGCUUUAGGAUGUGAUGUAUGUAAUAAAGAUUCACUUAAUCCGAGAUGUAAAAGUGGUUAUUGCGAUAAUUACCCCGAUGCACCAGAAUGUGGCUUAAUUAACAUGGAUAAAGUAAAAAUUCAUGCAGUUGAUGAUAAGAAUGGAAACAAAUUUAUUUUGGCUACAUAUUAUUGUUAUGAUUUCGCAACAGAUUUCGAUUGUGGUAGAUUAUUCGAUAUGGAGGGAGUUCAAAUCAAAAAUUAUAACUUUGUCAUUGUUUGUGGUGGAAAAUUUUUUAAGUAUCUUAAAUACCUUAGUGAUAUUGAUGAAUUGGAAUUUUUAUGUUAUAAUUUCGAAAACGAUAUAUUACAAUUGACUAUUAAUGAAAAACCCAUACUUUCUUUAAACACAUCUAACUUUAACUCGAAUCUUUUGAGUGUAUUCGUAACAGAAGACGGUGGAUAUGGUAUAGUAAAUCGUAGUGAUGCAACAAUCUUUGUUACACUUUUACAAAAUAAUAAAACAUUUAAAAAUUAUUUUCAAAUUCACUUGCGAAAUUACGAAAUAAUAGAAAUAACACGUAUAUACGUAUGUAAUAUAGCAUAUCAGUCAUCAGGUUAUAGUUGCGUUAUUCAAACAACUGAAAGUGGUCAAUUAACAACAUAUUAUGAAGUUGAUUUCUUAAGCAAUGGUAUUUAUAACACAACAAAAAUUAACUUACCUCUAAGGGUGAACGAUGGUAUUACCGAUGUUCAGCCAUUAAAUUUUGGUGGUUAUGUUAUUAAGACAAUACAUAGAAUUUACGGAAAUGUAACUUUCUAUUUUAUUAAUAACAAUGGAGAAGUAAAAGAAGUGAUUAAUUUCAAGACUCUUGACAUUUACACUAGUUUUGUAACUUCCGAUAACAUUAUCGUUUUUAUUCCAUAUGAAUCUUCAAUUUUUGAUUUUAGUUACAAAAAACUUUCUAUAUAUGUCAAUUAUCAUUUUAAAAAUAUUUCCCUAGUUGAAGGAGGUGAAACAUUUCCGGGAGGACCAGGGGGAUAUGGAAGUUCAAAAAUAUUGUCUACAACUCCAUUAAAAAAUUCUACAAAUCUUCGAGAUGAUAUACUAUCUAAGGAAUUUACCAUUAAAUAUAAUACAUCUAUAAGCCCAUCAACAGGAAAUUUUAGUGUUUACCAAGUUAUUUAUGACUUUCCGGACUUUCCGUCUUAUGUAACCUUAAAACAAACUAUUCCCGCGAAAAAUGAUCAAUUUGUUACAUUUUACGAUGACACUGUUAAAUUGCAGAUAUUGAAUACUACCAUUAGUAAAUUUAAUGCUAUUUAUUUUAUUACCGUCGAUGAUGAUUUUGUAAAAGAAACAAAUGGUCAGAAUGUUAUAGGUAUUAGAAAAAAUAUUUGGAGAUUUAAUGUUACAUUCGCUUCGGAUAAUUUUUUAAAUGAAUCGGAAAGUGCAAUCAUUCGACUGACAAUCAAAGGAACAAAAUAUUAUACUAAUCUUACUUCGGUUCAUAAAAACGAAUUUGUAUUUUCAAUGGAAAGUCAAUUACGUAAAGCAAUUUCAUGUACAGGUUGUCUAAAUAUUACCAAAUAUUUUCAAUAUGAUGCUCAUACUAGUUAUAAUGCCAAAUUUAAUUCUACAGCAUAUAAUGCUCAGAUUUUAAUGAGAGUCGACAUUAAUGCUACAGACGAACGGAGUUCAAAUCAACUUUUAAAAGAUUUAAAUGAUACAAUCGUAUAUAAAGAAAUCAAUUCAUUAGUAUUUGGAAAUACUACUUACCUUGAUGCAUCAUAUGGAGCUCAUCGAACCAAAAAUCUUUGGAAGGAAUAUUGGGGAUUUCUUCUUGCGGCUUGUAUUUUAUUUGCUAUAUUGACAUUAUUGGUUAUUAUAAAGCUCAUAAGGAUGACGCGCGAUAAACGUGAUCCUCAUCAAAUUCAGGAAGAAAGAAAUCUUUUAUCAAUUUUCUUAUUUGUAUUGAUUCUAAUUGAUUUAGCAUUGGAUAUUACAUUCAUAUCCAAUCAUGGAAGAGAUUACAUAUGGAUUUUCCCUGCAACGUAA